AUGUCUGACUACCUGCCACGAGAAUAUGGAGCACAUGGGCCCGGGUGUCAGACUUCACUUUCCUGGUUUGAGCGCUUACCCGAUUACAUUGGGAGAAGCUCCCUUUUGGAUGAUGCACUCGGCGCUCUCAGUCUGGCUUUUGCUGGGCAACGACACCAGAAUCCGGAAUGGAUCAGGGAAAGCGAGCGGGGUUACAGCAUGGUCGUGGCAAAAUUGUAUCGACUUGGUGGAACGCGUGAUGCUGCUCAAGUUGCCGAUGUCAUUGGAGCCGCUCUGGUGCUUGCCAUCUACCAGCUCUACAACUGCGGUACCAAUCAGCCCCAGGCAUGGAUGAUUCACAUCCAGGCCGCAUGGCGGCUUCUGGAAGAACAAGGCCCUCAUAUGCCUAUCGAUCGACACUUGCUUCGACGGGUCCGAACCCUAGCGCUUUAUGACGCAUGCGGAAGACGUAAAUCUACGUUUCUGGCAACCCCCAGAUGGCGCGCUACUGCUCCUCGCGAGGGCGAGUAUGAUAAGCUUCUGGAUAUCUUGUUAGAGCUUCCCUCCAUCCAAGAACUGUUAGAUGAGACCAGGCUUUUCGGCCACACCCCGGACCGGUUUGAAUCCAUCAAGCAACGCUUCAUACGCCUGUUCAACGAAACCGAGACUCAAUUCCGAGUGUGGUACCUGAGUCUUCUCAACAACUUGGCUGAAUGCCCUUUCAGUAUCAGAACAGCUACAUGGGACGACCUCUGUCUCCUUCAUGGAUCCCCGGACUUGAUGAACGUGUUCCCAGAAGUGCUUGAGUUUCCCGACCGGUACACGUUGCAACUCCUUCUGCUCGCCUGGUUGGGCUUCCUGAUUCUGCAUCACGAGAUGUCACCUAUAAUGCAGAUGUUGAGCAUUACCCUGGAGCGACCACACAUUUUACUUCCACGGGGGCCGCAUGGCCGACGCCAGUGGCUCAACGACGAAUGCGCACUUGUUGCCGGGAACAAGAAGCUCACUAGUACCGGCGAAUCAAGAACAUUCCAUGACAUUGAGAGAGUCGCCGAUAAAUUUGCCGAAAGGCUGUGCCAGGCACUGGCUCUGUGCGAUAAAAGCACCCAUGGCUCCGCUAUGCGACAGCCUGUCUUGCCUACCUUUUGGGCUGCCAACCAAUUCUUCCGAGAGCGGGACUCUCGAAAGUUCGCGUGGUGUCAGACAGUUUUGAGGAACUUCACCUCCAGGGGGAUAAGAUAUGGUACUGAGCUUGCCACUUUGUCGUACCAACGCUAUUCCGAGAUCGGCGAAAGACUUCGACUCAAAUCGGGUUACGUGAGGACAGAAUCCGAAUCGCCGUAG